AUGAGAAGCGACUGGGGAGAUGGAGACCACGACGCGGCGGGCGUUAGCCCAAGGAUUUCAUUCUCCAACGACUUUGCUAUCUCUGACGAACUCACCUCUGCCGGCGGCGACCAUGAUGCCACUGUCGACUUUGAUUUCGACUUCGACUUCGACUUCACCCUCUGCCCCGAUGUCCCCACCCUCGCGGACGACCUCUUCUCCGAAGGUAAGCUCCUGCCACUCCCCAUCAAGCGCCCUCCCACCACCACCUUCUCCUCGUCUCCCCCGCCGGCUCCCUCUCCUGCAAAUCCUCCCCCUAAGCAGCUGCCCGCAACGACAUCGUCCGACCGGAACGGCGACAGCCCUCAGGAUGUCACGGCGAACUCCCACGAGAACCUCGCCGGCGGGAGGUCUUUCUCCCUGCGCAAGGCCCUGGUCUGGAGCAGCGGCAGUCGUUUGCUGCGGAGCAAGUCCUCCGGCGCAUCGCCGGAGUUACAAAACAUCAAGCAGUGGUCGUCCCAAAGAAGCAGCAGUCUGAAUUUCAGCAGCGUCGGGAACCAGCGAAGGUUCAGCCGCAAUUGCCCCAUCCCAUUGCUAUGCAGGAGCAAGUCCGACAGUCCGAGAGACAUGCGAAGCUUCAAACCCUGCAACUCCCCUUCCGGCGACAACACCAAAAGCAGAGUGUACUACUACUCGGGAAAUCCGAGCUCCCGGCGAUCGUCUCAUGGCAAUAACAAAGCGGUCAGGAUCAGCCCGAUCCUGAACGUGCCGAUGCCGAGGUUUAUGGGCAUCUUCAACUUUUGCUUUCCCUACAAGCGCGGUGUGUGA